UCUUCUCCAUUUUUUCUCCUACCGGCUCCAUUUCGAUUUUUGCUUUUAACUUCUUCAACCCGCUGCUUCGCCAAAGGGAUUGAAGAAAAUUCGACGUGUUCGGGGGGCGACGGACAUUCCGGGUCUCACGUAGGUCCGCCCCUAGCUUCCAUUGAUAUACCUUUUCUUUCCGGCCAAUAAAAUCACGUUAGGGUUUCGAAGAAGCAAGUGUAUUGAUUUAAUUUGGGAAUGAGGGUUCAAGGGAGAAUAGUUGCCAAAUCUAUUGCCUGGAGGCGAGACAUAUCCACUUGUUCGUGUUUAUUCGAGAGAAUUAAGCAGACAGAAAAUGAAAUUGUUAAAAUGUUCCAGCUGGGAGCUCCAAAAGAUGAUACACCACAUUCCCGUAUACGGAAAAACACCGGUGGAAGAGUUCUUGACGAAAGAUUUAUAAGGAUCCUAAAGAUUUUCAAAUGGGGCCCUGAUGCAGAAAAGGCCCUGGAGGUUCUGAAAUUGAAGGUGGAUCAUAGGUUGGUUCGUGAGGUUUUGAAAGUAGAUGUGGACGUCAAUGUGAAAUUGCAGUUUUUUAAGUGGGCAGGGAAGAGAAGGCACUUUGAGCAUGAUUCCAGUACCUAUAUGGCUUUGAUUCGUUGCCUCGAUGAAGCUCAUCUGGUUGGGGUAAUGUGGAAGAUGAUUCAAGAAAUGGUCAAGAGUCCCUGCUUAAUGGGCCCUUCUGAGCUUUCCGAAAUUGUAAGAAUUUUAGGCAGAGCAAAGAUGGUGACCAGAGCACUCUCUGUUUUUUACCAGAUUAAAUACCGGAAAUGCAAGCCAACAUCUGGCGUAUACAAUUCCAUCAUCUUGAUGUUGAUGCAAGAAGGCCAUUACGAGAAAGUUACUGAGGUGUACAAUGAGAUGUGCAACGAAGGCAAUUGUUUCCCUGACACUGUCACUUACAGUGCUCUCAUUUCGUCGUUUGGGAAAUUAGGGCGUAAUGAUUAUGCAGUCAAGUUGUUUGAGGAAAUGAAGGUGAGCGGUUUAUUUCCAAGUGCAAAAAUAUAUACUACCGUGUUGGGUAUUUACUUUAAACAAGGUAUGGUUGAGAAGGCAUUAGGAUUGGUGCGGGAAAUGAAAGAUGCAGGCUGCGCACCGACUGUGUAUACAUAUACAGAAAUGAUAAGGGGGCUUGGUGGUGCUGGGAAGGUUGAGGAAGCGUAUACAGUGUUUCUAAACAUGCUGAAUGAUGGUUGCCAGCCAGAUGUGGUGCUCGUAAACAAUGUAAUAAACAUACUAGGAAAAGGGGGAUGCUUAAGUGAUGCAGUUAAGGUUUUCGAAAGAAUGGAGUCGUUGAAUUGUGAACCGAAUGUUGUGACAUACAACACCAUUAUUAAAUCUCUGUUUGAGUCGAAAGCCUCAGUUUCAGAGGUCACCUCAUGGUAUGAGAAGAUGAAGGCGAGCGGGAUCAGUCCGAGUUCUUUCACUUAUUCCAUUCUUAUAGACGGGUAUUGCAAGAAAAAUAACUUAGAGAAGGCCUUGUUAAUGCUCGAGGAGAUGGAUGAGAAGGGCUUCCCGCCUUGCCCAGCUGCAUACUGCAGCUUGAUCAACAGUCUUGGCCGGGCUAAACGAUAUGAUGCUGCUCAAGAAUUAUUUCAGGAACUAAAAGAAAACUGUGGGUCAUCCAGUGCUCGUGUGUAUGCUGUGAUGAUAAAACAUUUUGGGAAGUCGGGGCGUGUGAAUGACGCAGUUAACCUUUUCAGUGAAAUGAAGAGGCUUGGUUGCCGUCCAGAUGUGUACACAUACAAUGCCCUUAUGUCAGGGUUGGUGAGGGCCGGGAUGGUGGAUGAGGCUCAGUCAUUGCUCCGAAGCAUGGGCGAAAAUGGCUGCAUUCCUGACCUGAACUCGCAUAACAUCAUCUUGAACGGCCUGGCCAGAACUGGUGGACCCCAACGGGCAAUCGACAUGUUUCUGAAAAUGAAGAGUUCUGAAAUGAAGCCUGACGCUGUAUCGUACAACACCAUUUUAGGGUGUCUUAGCCAUGCGGGGAUGUUUGAAGAGGCUGCAAAGGUAAUGAAGGAGAUGCAGGAAAAUGGGCUUGAAUAUGAUCGGAUAACUUACUCGUCGAUACUUGAGGCUGUUGGUAGAGUUAAUGAAGUCGGUAAACUUGCAGCUCAAUGAAGCAACACUGCCCUUUCCGAUUGAUGAUUUUCAGCAGAACUACAACAUGUUGAGUAUGAAAUUUCGAAGUUUUGUGAUCAAAUUAUAACUUAUAAAAUGUUCCCGGUUUGAUGGAAGGAAAGUUAACUACAUAUUUGCACAUAGCAUAACCUAGAAAAGGACGAUUGGAAUAAACAGAAUUACUACAUUAAGUUCUCUAUAUUCUGAACAUACUCAGAUUUCCUGUAUUCCACCUGUUCUGAGUUAUAACCAGAAGGUCUUCUGCCUUGCUUAGCCUAGUAAAUACUCUCUUGGAGUUGGAUGCCGUUGCAGAAGAUUCUGGAAGAGCAUCUUUUUUGGCAUAACCUGCUUCGCUGGUCCUCCUUUCUUCGACUAUGUUGUAGCAAAGAGACCAUUCCGUCAAAGCCCUCCUGGCUUCCUGUUAGAGCAAAGAUCUUUCUCCGAUCUGUACUCAGAGGUUGAGGCUCCUGUUCUUGAUCUUUAUUUCAAAGACUUUAGAAGAACUGGGUGAAUAUUACUUGUGCUGCUGUAAAUGAUGUGGGAACACUGAUCCUUCAAAGUGUUACAAUUCAUAAAUCUAUCCGUUGUUCAGUUCCCUUGAUUCACUUUCCUUUGAAUCUAUUCUGGCAUGUCAAUUAUGUUGUUACCUACGCCUGUGAUUUCAAUAAUCCAAGUAAAAAUGAGCGUGGUUGGUUUUUGAUUUUCGGUGGGAAGAUAUUGAGUGGAUUGGCACUCCCAUAUUGGAAUGUGUUAAACAUCCAUUGGAGAAGGCUUUUGCAGAAGAGCUGGGCUGACCAUUGAGAAUAUACACUAUCUCGAAGUUCUUGGUUAUGGAUCUAGGGUUCCUUCAAGCUUUAAAAUCUUGACAGGAUUCUUUGGUAAAGAGCCAGCCAAACAAUGAAUGCUAGUGAAUGUGUUGCGAGUGGGCAUGCUCUGCAGUGUGUCAUUCUAAAGCCUACAUUUUCAGCAUCCUGGUUCAUAACACAGAUUUCUCAAGCAUACGACUAAACCUUCCAUGCCUGGUGGAUUCAUGGGGUUGUAUAGUUCUUGAUACUUAUAUAUUUUUUCGGUUCUUCUAUUUUUACUAUUGUUUGAGAAAUUAACUUGAGACAAAUCUUUGACUUUAUGGCCAAAAGGAAGUUAGCUAUGGAGAAGAAGAGAAGUAGGGAGAAGGAGGGGAUGACGUUGUCGAGAAGGCAAUUGAAGGCCAUGCAUCGCAAGAACUGGCUACUGAAAAUUCGUCAUCCUUCUGUAUUGUGGCACGAUUUUGUUGUAAUCUACAAUUAGCUCAUCAACAUAUAUUGUGUUAGAGCAGUUAUUUUUGGUGUUGAGUUUUAUAGUUUGAUUCA